AUGUGUGGCCGCUACGCCCUCGCACUGCGCCCUGCGCAAGUCCGCGCAUAUCUCGAAAACGCACACAUGCCCGUCUACGAAGCCCCCGCAGAUGACGAUGACGAAGGGGGGCCUCGACAAAGCUACAAUUUCGCACCGGGUUACCACGGUCUCGUAUAUCGCGCUGAUACACCGGAUUGGGGUGCUGGACCGAGAGUGCAUGGGAAGAGUGGUAGUGGUACUGCGGGCGAUGCGGAGCCUGAGGAUGAGGUUGUUGACGAUGAACCGGAGCCAGCAGGGGAUGAGGAGGUUAGAUAUAAGCUGCAAUCUAUGAAGUGGGGUCUUAUUCCCUUCUGGACGAAACGCAAUCCGGACUACGGGUCUCUAAUGAAGACGAUUAACUGCCGCGAUGAUAGUCUGAAGGAGAAUAAGGGCAUGUGGAAUACGAUGAAGCAGCGUAAGAGAUGUGUGGUUGUGGCGCAAGGGUUCUAUGAGUGGUUGAAGAAGGGCAGGGAGAAAGUUCCGCAUUUUGUGAAGAGGAAGGAUGGCCAGCUGAUGUGUUUUGCCGGGUUGUGGGAUUGUGUGCAGUAUGAAGGGUCGGAGGAGAAGGCUUACACGUUCACGAUUAUUACUACCGAUUCCAACAAGCAGCUAAAGUUCCUCCAUGAUCGCAUGCCUGUUAUUCUGGAGAAUGGCUCGGAAAAUAUACGGACUUGGCUUGAUCCGAAACGAUACUCAUGGUCCAAAGAGCUACAAAGUCUACUGGUCCCAUAUCAGGGGGAGUUGGAGGUCUAUCCUGUGAGCAAGGAUGUUGGUAAAGUUGGGAAUAAUUCUCCUAAUUUCAUCAUCCCUGUUGCGAGCAGCGAGAAUAAGUCUAACAUUGCAAACUUCUUCGCAAAGCCAGCGACAAAGGGCGAUACCCAGGCCACUACAACACUAACGUCCUCAAAUAUGGAACAUACGAAGAACGAAGAUAUGAACAUGGAAGAAAUUAAGCACGAGCCUGGUGAAGAUCGCAAGACUAUCGACCACGAUGGCACUGAAGACAAUGCACCACUUCCAAUCCCUAAACAAGAAUCCAAGACGAGCAUCAAACGGGAACUCUCAGACGAAGCAGCUGAAGAGCCGCCUAAGAAAGUCCCCAAAACAUUCGCCAGUCCGGCGAAAGCCUCACCGCAAAAACCGGCUGGCAGGAGUCGAAGUGCUACAAGCAAUAAUACUGCAAGUCCAUCCAAGUCUACGGGCAAGGAUAAGGGCAGUCAGAAGAUAACGAGUUUCUUUAGAAAGUAA